AUGCGUCGAAUUCUUAGAGAGACUCACCUCAAAGCUGAUGGCUUUUAUGUGGAUGAUAGGGCGAGGUCGAUUGAAGAAGAGAUCCAAAGAGAGAUUGAUGUAGUCUCUCAACCCUCAGAUGGAGCCUCACAAGGAGGUUCCUCUGCCACAGGGUUGACUCGGCUUCAAGAGGAUGAACUGUUCUAUAAGGUAGUACCAUCUCAGAAUGGGAGGAUCUUCGGUCUCGGAGGCAGAAACUACAUCCGUGAGCGUGGAGAAAGCUCAGCUAGUGCAGUGGAAAGGAUCUCUCUUGAACGUCAACUCACAUCCCUUCAAGAGCAGAUGGCUAAUGUUGUGGAAUUUAUGAAGCAAUAUAUGCCUGAAGGUGGCUCACACUCUUUCCCAUCGGCUCAACCAACUAAUAGUACAGGUGCAUCAGUGACCAGCCCAACUCAAGCCAACAACAGGGACAACCGAGAUGCCAAUCCUGAAGAUGCUGACAUCCAUCUCAGUCAUCCCAAUAAUGUGCCUGAUGAGACUCAUGAGCCAGAAGACGAUGACGGUGAUGCAUUUCAAGGUAGUGCCAUCAUCUGA